GAGCUUCCUGGGUCACAGCUGCUGCUUCAUCUGUAGUGUCCAAAAGCCAGACUGAGCUGCUGCUCCCCAGCAGAGUGUGUGCAAAGAGAGCCCUUCCCUAGCGCCCCUCUGUGCCCAGCCGUGGGGACUUUCUCCGGGGGCUGGAACAAGCCCCGGGCUCUGCCGACACCAGCCUGAGCCGCAAACUCCAGGAUUUCCCAUCACCAAGCCUGAUGUGAUCUCCUGGAUGGAGCAGAGGAAAAAGCUGUGGACCCCAGAUCUGCAGGAGUCUGAGGAACCGGAACUCCUGAGUGAUGUCUGCACAGCAGGUGAUGGUACGGGGAGUGAGAGCGAGGAGGAGACCCCUCAGCAGGAAGGUCCCGAGCCAGUGGAACCACAUGGCGUGGUAUCGGGAAGAGCCGAAGGGGACGUUUCCCAGAGUCCUGAGCAGGGAAAUCCUCGAGGGACAGGGAAGAGCAGAUCAUCCCACCCGGGCAGAGGUAUCAAUCAGCUCAAAGAUAUUGGGGAGCGGCCCUACCGGUGUGAGGACUGCGGGAAAAGCUUCAGCAGCAGCUCAGCCCUCAUCAUCCACCGGCGGAUUCACACCGGGGAGAGACCCUACAAGUGCCCUGAGUGUGGGAACAGCUUCAACCAGAACUCGGCGCUGAUCGCACACCGGCGCAUCCACACUGGCGAGAAGCCAUAUGAGUGCCCCGACUGCAGGAAGCGCUUCAGCCACGGCUCCACCCUCAUCAAGCACCAACGCACCCACACGGGUGAGAAGCCCUACCGGUGUGAGGAGUGUGGGAAGUGCUUCAGCAUCCGCUCGACCCACGUGCGGCACCAGAAGACCCACACGGGCGAGCGGCCCUACGUCUGCGGGGAGUGCGGCAAGAGCUUCAGCGACAGCUCCUACUUCGUGCAGCACCAGCGGGUCCACAUGGGCGACAUGCCUUACGCCUGCCGGGACUGCGGGAAGAACUUCAUCUGGAGCUCAGCCUUGCUGCGGCACCGGCGCAUCCACACCGGCGAGAAGCCCUACAUCUGUGGCGACUGCGGGAAGAGCUUCAGCGAGAACUCCACUCUGCUGCGGCACCGGCGCAUCCACACCGGCGAGAAGCACUACAAGUGCACCCAGUGCGGGAAGAGCUUCAAUGACAGCUCCUCCCUCAUGCGGCACCAGCGUGUCCACACUGGGGAGCGCCCCUACCAGUGCCCCCAGUGUAGCAAGAGCUUCGUGGACAGCUCCACCCUCAUCUGCCACCAGCGCACUCACACCGGCGAGCGCCCCUACACCUGCCCCGACUGCGGCAAGAGCUUCACCGAGAGCUCCACCCUCAUCACCCACCACCGCGUGCACACGGGCGAGCGACCCUACACCUGUCCCGACUGCGGCAAGAGCUUCAGCCAGAGCUCCAACCUCGUCACCCACCAGCGCAUCCACACUGGCGAGCGCCCCUAUGCCUGUGCCCAGUGCGGAAAGAGCUUCUACCGCAGCUCGGACCUCAUCCGACACCACAGGACCCAUACGGGGGAGAAGCACUAUAAGUGCCCUGCAGAGCAGAUUUUGGAGAACCCUGAUGGCUCCACUGGAAUGGACAGGGAUGCUCUGCGGAGCACAGCCCCCUGCACAACCCACAACCCUGUGCAGGAAGUGACCCACAGUGGAAGAUCCGGGGCUGAGCUUCCCGGGUCAGACGCUGCUGCCGCCUCCAUUGUGAGCCGGGAGGCCGGGUUGAGCCGCUGCUGCUCCGCGGGGUGUGUGCGGGGAGAGACCUUCCCUAGCGCCGCUCUGUGCCCAGCCGGGGGGACUUUCUCCGGGGGCUGGAAUCAGCUCUGCCGACACCAGCCCCUGAGCCGGAGCCUGCAGGGUGUGAAAUGGACUAAUUGUCCUUCUCACCCUGAUAGGCUGCAGAGUAACAUCCAAGUCCAGAUUGUCCCAUCCCCCAGAGGGAAGGGAAGGGAAAUGUCUGCAGUGGAACCAGUGACCUUUGAGGAAGUGGCUGUGUAUUUCACGGAGGAAGAGUGGGCUCUGCUGGACCUGAGUCAGAGAGCAUUUUACUGGGGCGUCAUGCAGGAGAAUUAUGAAACUGUUACCUCGCUGGCAGGAUUUCCAAUUUCCAAAUCUGACAUGAUCUCCCGGCUGGAAUGUGAGGAGAAGCCAUGGGUCCCUGAUCUCCAACGUUACGAGGAAAAAGAAAUCCUGAGAAAUAUUCACACAGCAGGUAAUGGGACGGUGAGUGGGAACAACGAAGAAAAUCUUCAUCAGGAAGGUCCUGAUCAAGUGGAACCAUACACGAUGGUAUCGGGAAGAGCCGAAGGGCAUGUUUCCCAGAGUCCUGAGCAGGGAGAAGUCCGUGAGAGGAAGCGGAGGCCAGAGAGGCCGCAGAGAAACCAGCCAGGGGGUAGAUGGGGUAAAUCCACUCAGAGGAGCAGAAGGGUAGAGGAAACCAGAGAUAUUGUUCAACCGAGAAUCCCUGGUGGAGAGGGACCCUUCACCUGCGGUGAGUGUGGGAAGAGCUUCCGUUGGAGAUCCGUUCUUAUUAUUCACCAGAAAAUCCACAUGGGAGAAAACCCCUAUAAGUGCCUGGACUGUGAGAAAAGCUUCAGCAAGAGCUCAGACCUCAAUCUUCACCAGAGAAUUCACUUGGGGCAGAAAUCCUACAUAUGCACUGACUGUGGGAAAAGUUUCCCUCAGUACCACCUCCUUACUUCCCAUCAGAGAACCCACACGGGAGAGAGACCCUACAAAUGCCCCGAGUGUGGGAAGAGCUUCAGUCAGAGUUCACACCUUGUCAUUCACCAGAGAACCCACACUGGGGAGAGACCCUACAAAUGCCUGACCUGCGAGAGAUGUUUCGGUGAUAGGUCGCAAUUUAAGACCCACCAGAGGAUCCACACGGGAGAGAAGCCCUACAAAUGCCCACAGUGCGAGAAAAGCUUCAGUCGGAACUCAUACCUAGUUAUACACCAGAGAACCCACACAGGAGAGCGACCCUACAAAUGCCCCGACUGCGGGAAAAGCUUCAGUGACAAGUCACAUUUUAAUACACACCAGCGAAUCCACACAGGAGAGAUGCCCUACAAAUGUCCCGAGUGUGGGAAAAGCUUCAGGAGGCGCUCGUACCUGGUUACACACCACAGAACCCACACGGGGGAGAGACCUUACAUAUGCCUGACCUGUGCAAAAACCUUCAGUGAUCGAUCUCAUUUUAGAAAACACCAGAGAACCCACACGGGAGAGAGGCCCUACAAAUGCCCCGAGUGCGGGAAAGGCUUCUGUCUGCGUUCGGACCUUAUUAUACACCAGAGAACCCACACGGGAGAGCGGCCCUAUAAGUGCACCGAGUGUGGGAAAACCUUCACUCGGAGCACCUACCUUUUUUCACAUCAGAGAAUCCACACAGGGGAGAAACCACAGAAGUGUUCUAAUUGCUGCAGAAUCGUGUCCCAGUCCAGUUUAUCCCACACUCCUGAGGAACAGGGAAGGGCCAUGUCUGCAGCGGAGCCAGUGACCUUCGAGGAGGUAGCUGUGUAUUUCUCCGAGGAGGAAUGGGCUCUGCUGGACCCGGGUCAGAGAGCCCUCUACAGAGAUGUGAUGCAGGAGAAUUAUGAGCCCAAGACCUCGCUGGAAUUCCUGAAUUCCCAACCUGACAUGAUCUCCUGGCUGGAAGAAGGGGAGGAGCUGUGGGUCCCAGGUCUCCAGGUCUCUGAGGAAAGGGAGAUCUUGAGAGAUGCCCACACAGGUGAUGGGAUGGUGAGUGAGAGCAAGGAGGCGAACCCUCAGCAGGAAGGUAUCAGGAAGCAACUACAUUGGACGGGUAAAUCCAGUCACUUGAGCAGAGUAGUCGAGAAAAUAAAAUACACUAUUCAGCGGAGAGUCCCCACUGCAGAGAGACCCAACACAUGCAGCAACUGUGGGAAAAUAUUCCUUUGGAGGUCAGCCCUUAUCAUUCAUGAGAGAAUCCACACAGGAGAAAAACCAUAUAAGUGUCCUGACUGCGAGAAAAGCUUCAGCCAGAGCUCAGACCUGACCAAACAUCAGAGAGUCCACACAGGAGGGAAGCCUUACAAAUGUCUUGAAUGCGGGAAAAGCUUCAGUUGUAGUUCAACCCUCACUGCACACCAGCUAAUCCACAUGGGAGAAAGACCCUAUAAAUGCCACGAAUGUGGAAAAAGCUUCAGUGAUAGAUCCAACUUCAGUACGCACCAGAGAAUCCACACAGGAGAGAGACCCUAUAAAUGCCUGACCUGUGGGAAAAGUUUCAGGGAUUGGUCAACCUUUAAUAAACACCAGAGAAUCCACACGGGAGAGAAACCACAUAAAUGCCCCAAGUGUGGGAAAAGUUUCUGUCAGCUCACACAACUCGUUAGACACAAAAGACUCGACACAGGAGAGAGAUCCCAUAAAUGCCUGACGUGUGGGAAAAGCUUCCGGGAUAGAUCCACCUUUAAUGAACACCAGAGAAUCCACACGGGAGAAAAACCUUAUAAAUGCCCAGAGUGUGGGAAAAGCUUCAGGCACAGCUCAACCUUUAUUAGGCAUCAGAGAAUCCACAGGGGACACAAACCCUACAUGUGCGGCGACUGUGGGAAAAGUUUCCCUUGGAAAUCAUUCCUUAUUAUUCACCAGAGAAUCCACACAGGAGAAAAACCUUAUAAGUGUCCUGACUGCGAGAAAAGCUUCAGCCAGCGCUCAAACCUCACCAAACAUCAGAGAGUCCACACAGGAGGGAAGCCUUACAAAUGUCUCGAGUGCGGGAAAAGCUUCAGUUGUAGCUCAACCCUCACUGCACACCAGGUAAUCCACAUGGGAGAGAGACCCUAUAAAUGCCAUGAGUGUGGAAAAAGCUUCAGUGAUAGAUCCACCUUUAGUACGCACCAGAGAAUCCACACGGGAGAGAGACCCUAUAAAUGCCUGACCUGUGGUAAAAGUUUCAGGGAUCGGUCAACGUUUAAUAAACAUCAAAGAAUCCACACGGGAGAGAAACCACAUAAAUGCCCCAAGUGCGGGAAAAGUUUCCGUCAGCUCACGCAACUCGUUAGGCACCAGAGACUCGACACAGGAGAAAAACCCUACAAAUGCCUGACGUGUGGGAAAAGCUUCCGGGAUAGAUCCACCUGUAAUGAACACCAGAGAAUCCACACGGGAGAAAAACCCUAUGAAUGCCCCGAGUGCGGGAAAAACUUCCGGUACAGCUCAGCCUUUAUUAGGCAUCAGAGAAUCCACAGAGGACGCAAACCCUAGGGAGGGGUGAAGUGAGUAACACCUUUGCUGAUUCCCAUGAACAUCAGCGUGUCAGGCCAGGCCGGAGGGGCCAUAUACUGGGGACAUGGAAUAGUUAUUAAAGCAAAGAAUGUAAUCACCUUUCUGGGACAGAGGCAUGCAGAGCAAAAGGCUGAGAUAAGAUUUCCACGUUGUGAUGGGAAUUCGAUUAUUACUUCCUGAGAAGCUCUGAACAUCCACUGAUCAGCUCCUACCCACAAUUGGGCAAUUCAUUUCACAGUCUAGGAGUGCUUUUGGAAAUCAUCACUGAUGCUGAGCUCUCACGUAGCAAUGUCCAUGAGUAAUGCUUUCUAUAGUUCCUAGUUGGCAAGCAGACUACAAAGACCCAGCCUCAGUUAUUUACACCUUUGUCACUUCUUGCGUGGAGUACCGCAAUGCUAUAGAACUGCAUGUAGGAAACUGCAACUAGUACAGAAGCACUGCAGUGCAUCUCCUCAACUACACAAGCUAAAGCGAGCCCAUCACACCUGUCCUUGCUUCCGACAGUGACUUCGCAUAGAAUAGUGAAUCAAGUCCAAGGCCUUGGUCCUUAUCCAUGGUGCUCCUUGUAGAGAUCUAAAAGACUGCCUUAAGCUCCGGGAUCGAAACUGGGGUUGAAAACGUCACCCCUCUGGCACAAUGGAACUCUCAACAAUAAGGGUAAAGCUCGGGUGUUCAUGACAUGGUCUCUCUUGUUGACUGGUCUGAGACUGUGGAAUGAACUCUCCAAGCAGCUAAGGACCAUCUCAAACCUUACUGUCUUCCAUGCCAAAUGCCAGGCACAUUUCAUUGACCUGCAUUCUCUAACUUAAAUGCACAAUGCCAUGUAUAUAGACACACAAAAAAA